CGCGGACACAAACACACACUCAUAGCUCACACUCACUCUGCGUUAUAAAUAAACAAUUAAAAAAGAAAAAUACAAAAACCCCUCUGAGUCUGUCUGUCACACACACUCUCUCUCUGUUCUUGAGCUCUUCGCUCUCUAAUCUCUUUCUGAUUACCGAGAAACUUAAUAAUACAAAAGCAAAGCAAGUAAACAAGAUAUUUCUGAAUAUUGAAACAAAACAAAACACGCACUCUCUCCCUUUCUCAAUUUUGCGGUGGCUUUCUGGGGAAGGUAAUGUAAUGUAGCUUUAAAGGAAGAAGCAGAAGUUGUAGACAAAUGGCCAAGUGUCACCGGAACGACGUCGGAUCUCUGAUGCUAGACUGCCCUACUACCACCCCUGCAAACUCCGGUGGCCACUUCCGGUUAUGGACGGCGUUCUCUGGCUCCUCAUUCCGUCGUAAAAUCUUCGAUGCCGUUAGCUGCGGUGGAAGCACUCGCUACCGUCACCAUAACGAAGAUGUCGCCGCUCCUCCUGCCACCGAUUCCACCGACAACACCAGCACCGCCGGAUCAACUUCAAAGCUCGGCAACGAAAAUCAGCCUGAGAAACCGAAGGCGAAGAAACCGAACGCGAAAUCGGAGAAGUUGUCGGAUCUUCUGAACCUGGCGGAUUGGUCGGAGAGUGAAGCCGACGUGGCGGCGACGAAGAGGAAGGUGGAGGCAUUGGAGGAGUUGAAGAGAGUGGUGAGGGGGUUGCAGGUUGAGGACUCGGAGAAGAGGAAAGAGGCGGCGAGGAAUGUGAGGCUGCUGGCUAAGGAAAAUUUGGAUGCCAGAGGGACGAUUGCUAUGCUCGGAGCCAUACCACAGCUGGCCGGAAUGCUCGACUCCGAAGACGUAGAUACUCAGAUCGCUUCGCUCUAUGCUUUACUCAAUCUCGGGAUCGGCAACGAUAUGAACAAAGCGGCCAUUGUUAAGGCAGGCGUUGUUCAUAAAAUGCUAAAGCUCAUAGAAUCUCCAAAUGCUCCAAACCCAUCUGUGUCAGAAGCUAUAGUAGCAAAUUUCCUAGGCUUAAGCGCAUUGGAUUCUAAUAAACCAAUUAUUGGAUCUUCGGGUGCCAUAACUUUCUUAGUCAAAAUCCUAGAGAAUUUGGACAAGACCAGUAGCCUCCAAGCCAAGCAAGACGCAUUGCGAGCACUAUACAAUCUUUCAAUCUUCCCGUCUAAUAUUUCCUUUAUGAUGGAAACUGAUUUGAUCCCAUUUCUCUUGAACGCACUGGGAGAUAUGGAAGUGAGUGAGAGGAUGCUCUCAAUUCUAGGCAACGUGGUAUCUACUCCAGAAGGUCGCAAAGCAAUUAGUCGUGUACGAGAUUCAUUUCUGAUAUUGGUUGAUGUAUUGAACUGGACCGACUCACCGGGGUGUCAAGAGAAGGCAUCAUACAUAUUGAUGGUGAUGGCACACAAAGCCUAUGGAGACAGACAGGCAAUGAUUGAAGCAGGAAUUGUAUCAGCAUUGCUUGAAUUAACGCUUUUAGGUAGUACAUUGGCUCAAAAGAGGGCUUCAAGGAUCUUGGAGUGUUUGAGAGUGGACAAAGGAAAGCAGGUAUCAGAGAGUUUUGGUGGGAAUUUGGGUGCAGCUGUGUCAGCUCCCAUUUGUGGUUCAUCGUCAUCUUCAAUGAACCCGACUGUAGGUUCCAAGGAAUGUUUGGAAGAGGAGGAAGAUAUGAUGAGCGAGGAGAAGAAAGCAGUAAAGCAGUUAGUCCAACAGAGCUUGCAAAACAACAUGAGGAGAAUUGUGAAGAGGGCCAAUUUGCCUCAAGAUUUCGUUCCUUCAGAUCAUUUCAAGUCACUCACAUCAAGUUCGACGUCAAAGAGUUUGCCAUUUUAAACAAUUGUUGCACCUCCGAAGAAUGGUGUGUAAGAUUAAAAAGAAGCACUUCUGAAGUUAUUCUUCUUUUCACAAUCUUAUUCCGCUUCUUGUCUUGUGUAGCUUUUUAGUUAGUGGAUGAGAUAGCCAUUGAUUGUCAGAAGUUUUAUAAAUUGUCAUCUUAUAUAUAUAAAUAAAUAUAUAGAUAGGAUAUCUAAGAAAUUUUUUUGCCGUUGGUGAAUUCCCAGUGCUGUUGUUUUCUGUGAUUAACGAGUACAAAAAGCUCUUAGUUUGAUUUCAUUUUCUCUUUAGUAUGUAUUUAAUGAUAGCUUUCUGUUUCUAAACUUUUAAAAAAUGUUUUCUUUCCCAAAGCUUAGAGUCAUUGAUAACCAACCACCGUAUGGUAGAGGUGAUACAAUUUUUUAGAGAGACUUUAUUGUCAGUGGUAUGGGCUUGCAAAAUAUGGAAAAUCCAAGGGAUUCUUUAGUCAUAUUAUGAUGUUUUGAGCAUACCCAUGAUCAAGGGAUCACUUUCUAUCCCAUAGUACACUUUUGUCUACAUGUUGGUCCUACCUAAAAUUUAAUAUUCGUAUUAUACCGCAGACUGUUGGAAGGGGUGUCGGUCAUUUUCUUAUGCACAGAACAGGGACAAUUCACAGCCUUCUCCAUCUGGGAAUCUUUUCCUUUGUUUUUUCAAUUCUAUGUCUGAAAGUUUCAUCCGGAAUCUUUGGAUUUUACAGAGUUAAAAAAUUCUUUGUAUUAAUCUUUUCAAUGAUGUUUAUGGAUUUCAAUGAUAUUCUGAUUAGUAAACAGUUGUAUUAAUUGUCUUUGCUAUAUUAAUAAUGCUUUGACAUUGUUUA